AUGGAAGGUCAGUCGGGAAAGAAUGUACCUGCAAAAACAAUACCAUCCCAGGCUUCAUCUCUUCUAGCUAGGUCUCCUCCUCCUGCUCCUCGCCACCCUCCUCAGUCAUCUCCACAACCAGCGCUUCCCAACGCUGCUGAGCAGAAAAGGUGUAGAGAACAGAAGGGCAAGGAGGUGGCAGAUACGACCUCAGCCAUAGAGGAAACCUUAUUGCUCCCGAAAGACAUGGCCGAGAUAAAGAACAUGAGGAAGAAUGAACUCAUCCUCGACAACAAACGAUAUUUGGGAAUGCUAGAUGGCGAAAGGAAAAGACGGGUAAUGGCUGUACAGACCUUGUCCAAAUCUGAACAAGACUUGGCCGACACAAGGAAAAAACUACAGGCCGAAGAGGAAGCUCGCAAGAGCGCUGAGUCGGCAUCAGAAUGCUACCAGAAACAGGCUGAGGAACAAGCAAGGCUUCUGCGCGAGGCGAAUGCCGAGCUGAAGAAGACUCAGGAGCAAGCUCUUGCUUUUAAGAAGCACCUAGAGGAAACUCAGAAGCUAAGGGAGCGAGCUGAAAAGCUCAAAGAGCAAGCCGAGAAAGCAAAAAUCAACGCCGAACAGGCAAUGAACGAAGCCGAGCAGAGAGGCUAUGAAGUUGGUAUAGCUGAAACUGAGAAGGUUUUGAGAGCCGAGGUUCCGGAGGUAUGCCGCAUCUACUGCGCAAGAACUUGGAACGAGGCUCUUAACCGUGCUGGGGUUGAAGCCUCAUCUAAGCUACGUAGGCCAGAGAACGUAUUCUAUCCCGAGGCGAUACGCCCCUCAGUUCUUCAACCCCAUCAGGCUGACGCUCUUUCUCCAGUUAUUAACCUCAACGAGGAGGUUUUGCCUCGCAAUUCUCCUCCUCGCGGCCAACCGGGACCAACUAAAGAGGGACUGGCCCCUCCAGGAGCUUCCCCAGACAAGACCACCACCGCUUCGGAGGCAGAGACGGCCUCCCAGGGUUUUCAACAGGAAUUGGACUCCACAGUCUACCAACUGGGGGCAUUACCAAAGCCAAAGAUGGAAUCGCAACUUCGGAGGCAGACCUACCCGCCAACCAAAGCCCACAGAUCCGGUUGA